AUGGAUACUCAACCAGUAGUUGUUAAACAAGAUGGUGAAGUCUUGGAAGAUUCCAUCAGAAAGCAAAUCGAGUACUAUUUUUCUCGUCAAAACUUGUCAACCGAUACUUAUUUGUUCAAACAAAUGAACAAUGAGAUGUACGUACCAUUGACAACCGUUGCAAACUUUAAGAAAGUAAAAAAUCUUACCGUAGAGAUGGAUGUAAUUGUAAAAUCAUUGGAAAAGAGUAGUUUGGUUGUUAUGGACGAGGCCAAGAAGAUGGUCAAACCAUCAUUCAAGCUGCCACGUAACAUUGUAAUCUUGAGAGACAUCCCAAUUGACGCCUCAACCGACGAAAUCCAGACUAUAUUCACAGAGCAACUCAUCGGCUCAAUCACCAACAUCAGAAGUGACAUUGAGAGCACAUGGUUCAUUACCUUUAGCACAGAUGACGAUGCUUCGGCUGCAUACGAAUUAACCAAAGAAAAGGCCUUUAGAGAUAAACCAAUCAAGAGUCCAAUGGUGGACACCGUACCCCAUACUACACCACAUCACAGAAAAAUUAACAGACACGGCGGCUACCCCUACGGAGGUUGGGAUCAGUCCUCGCAACCAGCUGGCGGCGCCGCUCAACCAAACGGCACAUACGACAAAGACCAUAGAAAGACAUUCCGUUCAAAGGAUGGUCAAUCUACCCGUCCACCCAGAUCAUCGAGACCAGUCGGUGAAAAUACCACUACCACCACUGCCUCUGGAGACCAAACCAUCAUAAAUAAUAACAAGACAUUUUCAACAGACCGUCCAAGAAAACCACACACCAAAUCAUUAAACGGAAAGCCAUCUUUUUCAAAUAGCUCCAAUACACAACAACCACAACAAAAUAACGCCACUACUACUACCACUACUACCACCACACCAAUCACAACCACUUCACAACCAUCUGCCGAUACCACACCUGCUGUCGCUACUGCUCCAGCCACCACCCAAACAACCGAAAAUAACUCUGAAUCUACCGUUGCACCAACCACCUCUACCUCUACCUCUUCCUCGUCUAGCAGAUCUGGACCAAAACACCCAAAGGGAACUGUCCAACCACAACAAAAUAGCACAAGAAAGGGACCAAAGGGAGCCAAGCGUGAUGGUUCCGCAUCAGGAUCACCAACCACUGCUGCUGGCGUAACCUCUGAGGAGAAGCCAAAGAAGGUGCCAGCCCCACACCACUUCCCACCCCUUUUCAAGGGUGAGGAAGGCGAAAUCAAAAAGAAGGAGUGGGGUCCAUCCUCUUCCUCUUCGCCAGUUGUUGCUGCCGCUGCUGCUGCCGUCGUUGUCCCACCAACCACUUUGGUGUCGACUACCCCAGCUACCGCACCAGCUGUUGCCGCUCCAUCAUCGCCAGCCACCCCAUCGGUCGUAGUCGUCUCGACCAACUCCAAGAAGAGCAGCAAGACCAAGAAGAACAAGGACGGAGAGAGAAAAAAUAAGGAACCAAAGGAAAACAAGCCAAAGAGAGAAAAGAAGGACAAGGAAGCCACAACAGCUACUGUUGCUCCAGUCUCUACCCCAUCUACCCCUGUCGCUCCAUCUACCCCAUCCACCUCUGCCACUGCUACCACUGCCACUAUUGACAGUUCAUCAUCAUCAUCAUCUUCAUCUGAAAUGAAUGGAGUCUCCCCAUCAUCUUCAUCUACCACCCCAGAAAAGAAACAACCAACCUAUGCCGAUAUCAUUCAAGGUGUUAAAGCUGCUGCCGCCGCCACUACCACCGCCUCUACUACCACACCUGCUGCUGCCCCUGCCGUCGCUGUUGUCGCUGAACCACAACCAACCAAUUAA